GUCUGAAGACAGAACGCGUAAACAGAGAGAGGGUCACGUGGGGCGGGGGCUUGACCGCUCUAAGCGCCCGUAGCUGGGAAGCAAGAUGGCAGCCCAGGAUAGUGAUAGCGAGGAGGAUUUUGUCACUUAUGGGAAGCCUUUAGAACAGUACGAAGAAGGAGAACAGCCCAAGAAGCCAAUUCCUCUUCAUGAUCAGACAGUUAAAGAUGAAAAAGGAAGGUAUAAGCGAUUCCAUGGAGCAUUUACUGGAGGAUUCUCUGCUGGGUACUUUAACACUGUUGGUUCUAAAGGAGGUUGGGCGCCAUCUACAUUUGUUUCAUCGCGUCAGGGGAGAAGUGAAAGGACAGUCAGCAGACCUGAGGAUUUUAUGGAUGAGGACGAUCUCGGCGAAUUUGGAAUAGCACCAAAACAAAUUGUGACAACUGAAGACUUUGCAUCCAAAAGCAAAGACAGGAUCAGGGAAAAGGCCAGGGAGCUUGCAUCUGUCUCCGCACCAAUUCCUGGAGCAACUAUACUAGAUGAUUUAAUUGCGCCAGCAAAAAUAACCAUUGGUAUUCAGCUACUGAGACAGAUGGGCUGGAAAGAAGGACAAGGAGUGGGUCCUCGGACAAAGAGGAGAGCAAAGAAGCAGAAGCCUGAAAGCUGUGUUAGGAUGUAUGCCUGUGCAUUACCCCCAAUGGGCUCUGAAGGAUCAGAAGAUGAAGAAGAUGAAUAUGUGCCUGAAAAUGUAACCUUUGCACCCAAAGAUGUGAUACCAAUAGAUUUCACAAUAAAAGAUAAUGUACAUGGCUUGGGCUAUCGAGGCCUGGAUCCGAGCCAAGCUUUGUUUGGUUCUCAGAACAAACAUAUUCAUUUAUUUGGUGAUGGCAAUGAAGAGACAAAUAGUCUGCUUGGUGAUUAUAAACACAGCAGAGGGAGGAAGGUUGGAAUGUCUGGACAGGCAUUUGGCGUUGGGGUUUUGGAGGAAGAAGAUGAUGACAUCUAUGGUAGGGAGUCUUUGUCAAAGUAUGAUACUGUACUCCGUGAGGAAGAAAGUGGAGAUGGGCUUUUUGGGUGGACAGCACCAAAAGAGUACAGAAACAGUAAAGGUCUUCACAAGCAACUUAUGUAUGUUGGUAAAAUAUUGGAUGGAUACUGUGCAGCUAUGAAGCCAACUGCAUCAAAGAAGGUAUAUGCACCCCCAGAGCUCCCUAAAGAUUACCGACCAGUGCACUAUUUCAGGCCUGUACUUGCAAGCAAUCAAACCUCUCCAGCUCUCCAAGCACUGCUUGAUGCUUCUCAGAAACCUCCUUCAUUACUCCCGGAUGCAACUGCCAAGCAAAGCAGGCACCAUCUUAAUUCUGAUCAGAGAAGAGAAAUGCUGGGCGAAACACCUCUGCAGGGUCCUGCCUCUGUAUUGGAGUUGCUUUCUGAAAAAGAUCGGGAGAGAAUCCAAGACAUGAAACAUGCCGUUGAACAGCAGAGAGUAAAAGCACAGAAGCUGGCGGACGAAGCCGUAAAAAGACGUUCAGCAGAAGAAAAACUCCAAGAGAGUCUUCAAACAAGAAUGCUGGUUCCAACACAUUCUGGAGACUUCCAACCAUUUGAAAAAAAUCCAGAGAAACAGAAGAGAUAUGAAACAUAUGUAAGAAACCUUCAUAAAGACCAGAAAGAUGCUUUAGAAAACUGUCUGGAUGAAAAUAUGACAGAAUGGGAACGUGAAAGGGAGCAGGAGGAGUUUAUGAGAUCAGCGAUGCUCUACAAACCUUCAAGUUCAACACUGUCUUCACGAUUCACUAGGGCUAAAUAUGAUGAUAAUACUGAUAAAGUUGAAGUUCCAAGAGAUCAAGAGAGCGAUGUUGGGGACAAAGCAGCAGCUGUGAAAAUGAAAAUGUUUGGAAAACUUACAAGAGAUACAUUUGAGUGGCACCCUGACAAACUGCUGUGCAAGAGAUUUAACAUCCCAGAUCCUUAUUCUGGGUCAACCUUAGUUGGACUACCAAAAGUGAAAAGGGAUAAGUUUUCUGUAUUUAAUUUCCUGACGAUUCCUGAAAACCCAAAACCACAUGAGAGUUCGAUGAAAAAGGAAUUGUUAAAGCCAAGUGCAACUGAAAAUAAACCAAAGAAAUUAUCUAGGUGGGAUGUGUCCGGCAGAGCCCAAGAGGAAACAGUCAGUGAUGUUAACAAGCAAAUUCCAGACCCGACAACAAAAGAAAUGAACAAAGCAACAGCAACACUUCCUUCCAAGAUUACAAUUGAAGGAACAGACAAGAUAUCGGAGGAUGAAGAGAAGAGACCGCCAAUAGAUUUAUUCAAAGCAAUAUUUGAAGAUUCAUCUGAUGAGAAAUCCUCUUCUUCAGAAGAGGAGAGCGGGGAGGAAGAGGAGGAGACUUUACCUAUCACAAACUCUCAGAGAGCUGAACCAAUGACCUCCAGAGCACCAGAGCCUGAAAUACAGGAGCCCGUGCUGUCAGUAGCACCAAAAGUAAAGGUGGUUCCUGAAAAGAUUCUUCCGGAAGAAGAAUUUGGUCCCAAACUGCCUCCUACAUUGCCUUCUAGUGCUUCAGGGGGAAACACGUUUACUCCAUUCACAGUGUCAGAUGAAUCUGUUAAAAAACAGAAGCAUAAUAAGAAAGAUAAGGAGAAACACAAACUGAAAAAAGGACACAAGCAUAAGAAAGAAAAGAAAAAGAAGCAUAAAAAGCAAAAACAUAAAAAUAAACAUAGGAGUAAAAAAGCAGAGGAUAAGAACUCUGAUUCAGAAGACAGCAACACAAGCCUUAGUGAUAUGGAGCAUACUACAGAUCUGACACCAAAGGAACUUUUGAAAAGGCUAAAAAAUCUUCCAAUUCCACGAUAGCUGCCAGAUGUGCCUUAAUGCUGCUUUUGUAGUGAAUGUUUCCAGUUUGAAGUCCUAGAUCUUCCCCUGGAGGCAAAGAUGUAACCUGUGACUGGCGACACUAGUCUGCUAAUGACAGCUGCAUAUACAGGCUGUGCUGUAGGGCAAAACUGCUCACAUGCAACACUCUCUGCUGCUGCUUUGAAUUUAUUAAUUCAGCCUGUUUCUUUGUAAACGAUACUUACAUUUUGUAAUGUAUUCUGUUAAUAUACUUGUGAUGAACCUUUCUUAAUAGAUUGUAAAUAUUACUUGUGUUCUAAUUGACUUUCUGAAUGAAGAAACAAUAAGUCUCAGGCUCCUUGAGUACCUUGUUUUAAAUGUGGCACUAAAUCAACUGAAACCA